UCCUACGUGCGAGUGGUGGUGCUAGGAUGGGAUAAGCACUUUCCCUUUCCAACCGAAAAACAGUAAAAAACAAAAACAGAGAGAGAAGCGACAACAGCAAUUGUGAUUGUCCUCCACUUUGUCUUCCACACAGCUCCUUUUUCCAUACAUUGAUCGAUUUGAUUUGAGAUAUCGAUUCAUCGUUUCCUCUCCAUCCUCCCGAUCGAUCCAUUUCUGUGUGUGUUCUGUGAUCGGCCACAACAAUUUAUUAUUCAAUUCAAUCCUAGUUGUGGUGGUGGUGGGCCCAAGUGACAUUCAUGGUUCAGUUUGAGUGAAAUUAUAAAAAUACAUUGGGGGUAAUCGCGGUGGCUGGCGGGUGGUGGAUGGCAAGGAUGCGAGUUGGAGAGGGAAAGGAAAGGGAGAGGGAAAGGGAAAGGGAAAGAGAAAGGGAAGAAGGAGGAAUUGUGAAUGUGAUUGGAGGAGAAAAAGAAAACCACGUUGGUUUGCUUAGAUUGGCACGGAUUGUAACAUUUCUGGUUGUAUUUGCAGCAGGUGUUGUGAUUGGUCUAACCACCAGUUCUCACAUUAACAACACCCAUUUCAUUUCACAAUACACCUCUGAUGUUGGUGUUGGUGUUGGUGUUGUCAACCAUGUAAAUGUCCUCAAUUGCACACCCACCCCCACACCCCCACCAACACCCACACCUUCACCUUCACCCCCUCAACCAUCUCCUCUCGACAUGCAAACCUUUCUUCAUCCCACCACCAACAACCUCAGCCAUCCCAUGUCCGAUGAGGAGCUUUUCUGGAGAGCUUCCUUGGUCCCCAAGAAACCAGCCUACCCUUACAUGAGAAUACCCAAAGUGGCUUUCAUGUUUCUCACCAGGGGUCCCUUGCCCAUGUUGCCCCUCUGGGAGAGAUUCUUCCACGGCCACACGCCUCUCUUCAACAUCUACGUCCAUGCACCCCCCACGUACUUUCUCAAUGUUUCCACUUCUUCCCCCUUCUAUGGACGCAACAUCCCAAGUCAGGAUGUUUCAUGGGGAACAGUUACGCUAGCAGAUGCUGAGAGGCGGCUUUUAGCCAAUGCUCUUCUUGACUUUUCGAAUGAGCGGUUUGUUCUCCUUUCAGAGAGUUGCAUCCCAGUCUACAACUUCCCUACUGUUUACAGAUAUCUCAUUGAUUCUGCACACAGCUUUGUAGAGUCAUAUGAUGACCCUUCCCGGUACGGGCGUGGCCGCUACAGCCGAAGUAUGCUUCCUCAUAUUCAGCUCAAGCACUGGAGGAAAGGGUCUCAGUGGUUUGAACUCAACCGUGCUCUGGCUGUUUAUGUAGUCUCUGACACCCAAUAUUAUACCCUCUUCCGUAAAUAUUGUAAGCCUGCUUGCUACCCGGAUGAACACUACAUUCCAACCUUCCUAAAUAUGUUUCAUGGUUCACUUAAUUCAAACAGGUCAGUGACAUGGGUUGACUGGACAAUGCUUGGUCCUCAUCCAGCAACCUAUGGAAGAGCCAAUAUAACUAUUGGUUUUCUACAGGCUAUAAGGAACAAUGGAUCCCUUUGUCGAUACAAUUCAGAGAUGACAUCUAUUUGUUUCCUCUUUGCUCGCAAGUUUGAUCAGAGUGCUCUGGAGCCCUUGCUUAACCUUUCUUUACAAGUGAUGAAAUUUUGAUUAGUUUUUAGUGUACAAGAGAUGGGAUAACUUCAUUUUUCGGUCCCUAGAUUUUGGUAGACAAUUUAACUAAUUCAAUACUAAAUCCUUUUGCAUUGGUAUAGCUGUACAUGCAUUGUUAGAGAAUUUUGUGUUCUCUGUUAGAGAACAACAUUUGGUUGCAGAAACUGCAUUUUAUUCCUUCGAAGAAGAAAU